AGGAAAUCCAGUUGCAUACUUUUUGUAGCCCUCCACACUGCUAUUACGGGACAAAAAUGAAUAUUUUUACUUUUUACUUUCCUGUGGUUUUAUGGACAAGUUUAACUUCUGCUGAAGAAGAAAAGGACUGCCUUUCACCUCCAAAUACAGUAGCUGAAGAACUGGCAGAAGAAAGGAAGGAAUCUUACCCUCAUUAUAGUGUACUGAAAUACAACUGUCGACCUGGAUACAUGAAAGAAGGGAACAUUUACUACAUGUGUGAAAAUGGAACAUGGAAAAGGCUUAAUAAUGUGGUGUGCAGAAGAAAGUCCUGUGGAUAUCCUGGGGAUGCUCAGUUUGGAAAUUUCAGUAUUGCUGAAGGGAAUGACUUUCUUUUUGGAUCACGGGUUGAAUACACUUGUAAUGAUGGGUAA